AGAGGAGCGCGCUAUAAGAAGAGAGAGCCCAGCAGGAGCGUCAAAACAUUUAAAGCAAGACCGAAAGGAAAACGCCAGCGCGCUCAGAAUGAAGACUUGAAUCUCGAGAGAAUUUUAUUUUUGUUUGUUUGUGUUUUUCAUGUAAGGACUAUUUCAGGAAUCUGCAAGUAUUAAAAAACCAGGAAAGAAAAGAAAGUGCCGUCCGGCGUCGCUCUCCGUGUGUGUCAGCGCGUUGAGGUAUCCUGGAUGAGCGCAAAGUGUCAGCUUCAGCACCCGAGGAGAGGACAGCUCCGCUCUGUCUGCUCCUUUUUGGACCUCCAGUCCAAAAACUCUCCUUCGGCUUCUGAUGUCCACACUUGGAGUUUGACACUGUGCGCCCCAUACAAGCCGGGAAGAAGUGUAAAAGGAAGAUCCAGUGACGGAGAGAGCCGCGACCGACUGUGUGCUCAAUAUGUACCAGGGGCAUUUACAGUUCUCUCUUCAACUCUGGACCUGCUAGAUCUCAGCGAACCUGGAGAGAGGAGGAACAGCAGGGACAGAAAGAGUGCCCUGUUAUCCCAGGGAGACAGCCAGAAGAACACCUCACACAGGAAAAAGACAGAUGAGACGGAGCUGAUCCAGGUGGAAGUUGAACAUACGGCACCAAGCAUGCGAACCCCAGAGAGGGCAUCACUGGACUCAGUUACAAUUGGCUCACUGGAUAAAUGGGAAGAAUUGAAUCCCAACCCUGAAAGAAAUGGCAACAGAAAAUGGAAGCUGGAGAGACGACGUUCUUCUAAAAAUUCAUCUAAUGAGUUUCUGUGGUCCAUAGAUUGUAAACCACAGAUUGACUCGUCAAAUAAGAAUACCCUGGAAGCAAACACCAAACUGGAACCAGAGUCUGCACUGGCGUCACAACUCAACAGGCAGUAUAUUAGUGGAAGACAUGCUCGCUUAACGAAGGAGCAGCGGUGGGGGAGCGCGCUGCUGUCCAGACAUCAGUCCCUGGAGGAGGAGUUUGAGCGGGCCAAGGCUGCUGUUGAGUCAGAUACCGAGUUCUGGGAUAAGAUGCAGGCAGAGUGGGAAGAGCUGGCUCGGCGAAACUGGCUGACGGAAAACGAGCAGGCACAGAUUCCCUCCACUGUGUCUCCGUACGAGAAGGGUUACUACUUCCACACAGAUAAUCCUUAUAAGGACUUGCCUAAUGCAUUCGAAGAGGGACUGAAGAAAUCCCGAGAGGGAGACUUGCCAAACGCUGUGCUUUUGCUUGAAGCAGCUGUCCUACAGGACCCUCACGAUUCAGAGGCCUGGCAAGUCCUGGGGACCACCCAGGCUGAAAAUGAGAACGAGCAGGCAGCGAUUGUCUCCCUCCAGAGGUGUUUGGAGCUCCACCCAAACAACCUUAUAGCCCUCUUGGCUCUGGCAGUGAGCCUGACCAACACUGGUAUGCGCCAUGAUGCCUGUGAGGCCCUCCUCCGCUGGCUGAGACACAAUCCCAAGUACAAGCAUCUUGUCAAAGGCAAGACUCAUCUAACGGGAUCUCCAAACUCCCAGCGCAGGAUGUCUCAUGCUCCCAACCUGGGCAGACAUGAAAGCUCCGUGCUACCAGAGGUCAAGGAGCUCUACCUGGAAGCAGUUCAGCAGAACUCUGACAGCAUCGACCCAGAUUUGCAGACGGGCCUCGGGGUGCUUUACAACCUCAGCGGAGAGUUUAACAAAGCCGUGGAGGCCUUCAACACGGCUUUGUCAGUGCGGCCCGAGGACUACUUGUUGUGGAACCGCCUCGGGGCCACGCUGGCGAAUGGAGAUCGAAGCGAGGAGGCGGUGGAGGCUUACACAAGAGCCCUGGAGCUGCAGCCGGGGUUUAUCCGGUCCCGCUACAACCUGGGCAUCAGCUGUAUUAACCUGGGGGCACACAGAGAGGCGGCCAGCAACUUCCUGACUGCCUUAAGCCUUCAGAGGAAAAGCCGGAGUCGCCAGCAGUCCCACCAGGUGAUGUCUGGAAACAUCUGGGCGGCUUUGAGGAUAGCUUUAUCCAUGAUGGACCAGCCUGAACUCUUCCAGGCUGCAAAUAUCGGCGACUUGGAUCAUCUCAUGCGGGCCUUCAACUUAGACAUUUGACGACCAGGAGGCAGUAAUGCUAACAUCUGCCCCCUCUUCACUUACUAUUUGAUUUCUACCCAACAGCCAAAAGUCCAAAGUGCACAGUCAGAAUGGACUGAUGGACGUCAGAGACAACAGUGUAUUUUUAUGCACAUCCAAAUUAACUACAGUCGUCAAAGCUAUUAUAUUUUUCACCCAAGUACCUCAGAGCAGUUCUGAGGACAGGUUCUUCCAAGGGUUUGAAGGGACUGCUCUGUGUUGGAUUUGCACUGUAAUUUGUGAUUUCCCUGAAGAGCACAAGGACGGGCAAAGAUUGUACGAGCAAUGCCUUAGAGGACACAUCAAUUAAAAACUGACUCAUCCAGCGGAACAGAGCCGGCAGAGACGGACGGUUGUACGAGCCUGAUAGAGCAGACCUCACAGGCCGUUUUCAAAGAAAAGAGAGGAAAAAACGUUUGACUCCCGACUCCUGAAGGAUGGAUUUAGUGAGCAAAUUACAAAGACUGCAGCGUAUAACCUGGAACUCCAGGCUCUGUUCCUGGCUUAUUUUCAUCCUUUCAAUGGGAAAAUAAUGAUACUGCAUGAAUAAGCAUUUUCAUAACUGGAUUCUUGUUUCAAAUUAACAUACUUUUAGAGGUUUUCCCUUUGCACAUCAGAUAAACAGAUAUAACUUCCUCAGUCCGAGUGGAAUGUGCAAGCCUUACUCAAAAGCAUGCGACCAACAAUAUUUAUUUAUACUAUUUUUAUGAAAACAGAAAAAAACCCACACUAAGCCAUUUUCAGACUAGUUUCAUUUUCUUAAAUAACUGCUGUCUUUUGAACUUGAAAGCUUUCUGAGCCACUAAUUUUUGUUUCGCUCAGUUUUUCUCUCCUUUCUUUUGGCUCCUAGCUCCUCUUUGUUCCCUUUAAGGUGACUGCAGAAACACACAGAAAAGCUGGGCAAUAGCAAUCUAUAAAACCUUCAUUAGUCUUUUCAAACUUUAGCAUAUGAAAACGUUAUUCUUAACAAGUCUAAAAAUAUCUCUUUUUAUCUUCUUCUGCUAGUUCUGGGAUGGCUUCAGAGUUACUAAUGACUACUGUACACAUUAUACAGUCCUUUUUUAUUUUUGCUGACCUGACUCAGUUUGUUUUCUGUUGUCAGUAUCUGCUGACGCCGUCACUGGUGUCUUUGCUGCUCCUCCAAAGACAGCAAGGCUCAUGCAUUUAAUAGUCAUAAUGCAUGAUUUGAAUAUUUACGUAAGCUUGGGCAGAAUGCUGCACAUGUAUGAUGAACGCUGUUCGUUUCACCACACACUUCAAAUCACAUCAGGUUGAUGUUCAAACUCGAGAUGGUUAUGCAUCUGCAGAAAACAUGAUUGUGUAAAUACAGUGACUCUCCUGCUGCAGGAAGAAAGCUUUUCCUUAGUCAUACUUUUUAGCUGACAGCUUCACUUGCAUCACUGCUGCUAGUUUGAAAGUCACUCUCUGAAGUGAAUACCCUGUACCUCGCUGUGCAACAGAGUAAAUGAUAGAUAAUCUUCUGUACUGCAUAGCUCAGCACAUUUGGGUGUUUAUCAGGCGUGUCCACGGUCUGAGGGUUUUUAUUGUAGCUCCUAUGCAAAAGGUCAUGUUUUAUGUUGCCAUUCUGAAUUGUUGCGGGUCCCCGUCUGCCUCGGCGGACCGAAAGGAAGCGUUGUUUCGGUGUUUGGAAAGAACACUAUCAGGCAGAACCAGAGACCAGUGCGAGAGCCAUUCAUCUUCCAAACUGUACAGCCGGGGUGUCACGGUCUGUACAAGAAGAAGUGUUUCAUCGGGAAGUUGCCAGAAUGAAAACAAGUGUUCUCCCAGGGAGAAAGUGGUCAGAAGCUCUGACUAAAAGAAAGACUGAUCGACACAAAGAGUGCAGCCUUCUGCUUUUAGAACCAGGUUGCACGGACAUGGCGUCUUUGACCUUAGUUGCAUCCAUCAAAUUCACCGCCAUGUAUGGAGCUUGAUAAAGCUCCAUACAUUCUGUCAUUGUUGUCACACAAGCUGCAUUAAUAUAUUCGAGUCUGUGGCACUGAUGAAAAAAGAUCAGCUGCUCUACUUGCCAGAUACUUAAAAAAAUAUUGGCACAGACUCUAUUUAUCACACAACCAGGAUAAAUAGAUCAAACACUAGACGAGAAGUCAGAGAUACACAGCACAUAUGUGCAUGGCUCUAACAGUCGGCCUCAGAGGGGAGCUAACAGCGACUCUGGCAACGAGGCCAAAGCAGGGGUGCAUGCACAAAUGUAUUCACGGUGGGAGACUGGACGAUGAUAAAAGGUAUCCUUCGCUGGAACAAAUCAGGUUUACAUCCAGGAGUUCAUGUUUGAUUUCUGUUUGAUUAGCAUUAAAUUACUGUGGAUGUCAAAUUUAAGCAUGCUUGUAGCUCCAUACAUGCCAGCGAGGGUCUGUCUGCCAGUUUGGCCCAGACUGAAAGGGGUGGCGUGAAAUUUGCUUCCAGCACUUCUCCCAAAAACAAAAGUGUUACUCGGCCGGCAAAAUGGGUUUAGACCAAAUAACUGCAAAGUUUGCGACGGCGCCAUGAACCUGCAUCGAGCUACCUUUAGAGCCAUUUGGCUGUCAGCGUUUUAAUAUAAUAAAGCUUGUGGUUAAAUUCGAUAUGGAAGCUCUGCAAUCCCUCACCUGCCUGCUUUCUUGUUCAGCCGCUGUUCUGUUCUUUAGAUCACUGCCACACUUUCACACCCUGUCAGUCAUAAUACUCUCGUCCAAUCACCUUCUUGCCUGCCUUCUUUGAGCCAAUUAGCUUCCACUCUGGUUUAAAUCUGUGCUCUUCAUUGCUCUCCCUUUCAGACUGUCAUUUGCACAACCCACCUCGUCCCCAUCUCUAUUUUCAUGUUCACCACCACCAGCGUCUAGACUCCAGGGGGUCCUGUCCUAAAUCCUAUUCCUGCUGGGACAGGUAAGAUGGGUCACCAGAGUCUGAUCGCCAAAUACAUUCAUUUCUUUGUCUCAACAAAUCAUGUUCAGUUCUUGAUCUCUCCUUAUUGAACACAGGAGAUAUUAUCAGUAUGUUAGCAUUGUCAGAGUGAGUGCUGCAUUUCGCUCAAAGCUCCACUUUUAGGCUCACAGAGCAGCUAGCGUGGUAGUCCAGUGCACGACGAUCCCCCUCCAGUUUUCUUUGCUAAAGCGUUAACCCAACCCUGUAGGAGGUCCCUAUCAGCGAGAGGUUCUGCAGGCCAGGAGCUGUUCCACAUUUUUACCUGGCAUGCCUGUCCUCCCAGGUGCUCCCAGGUGUUUUACAAAAUCAACUCUAGUUGUCUUAUGAGGUCGCAGGCCCUCGCUCUUUUCCAUUUCAGUACAGGUUACCACAGGUUCAUGUUUUUUAAAGAAAUCUUACAUUGCUGGGCCACAACCUUCUUCUGCCGUCCACAUCAUUCCAUAGUGCAUUGAGAUAGGAUGCAGUUUUCUUUAUUUUGCUGAACCUACUACUGUACCUUCUCAGGUGAACUGACCUAGCCUAACACAUGCACCUGUGCAACAAACUGAGGCUGUUUGCAUGUUAGAUCCUUUACAUUUCUACUUUUUUAAUGACGUUUUCAUUCGUAUGCAUGACAUACAUGGAAGUGCUUUCUCUUUCGACCCCAAGAAAAGUAAAUAUAUCAUGAGGUUUCCUUGCAAUAUCGCUAUAAUGCACUUUUAAGUUCGCAAACUUUGACAAAACAUGAUGUAUAUAAACAGUAUGUAUUCUACACAAGAUGCUUUUUCUUGCAUGGAAGUGUGAGAGGCUCGAAAUAACGAGUCUAAGGCACAGCACACUGCAAACACACUUCAGCUUGAAUACUGGCUAAUGAACUGGAUAAUCAUAGUUAUGCACAAAUGUUAUAUUUAUUACUUCUACAAAUUACAAACACGUUUGUAACCACUGCAAUGACCCCAACCUAUAAAGCUGUCUAGCUGUUAUUGCACAACUCUUUAGUGCUGAAAAGUUUUUAUGUAGACUUUCACAACCUGCUGUGACCCUUUAACAGCUGUUUUUAUAAGGUUUUAAUGUUUGCAAGAAUCACUUCAUUAGUUCUGUUUACACUUAAGAAAGAGGGAGAGUAAAAGUGGACAGUCAUACAACAGUUCAAAUUCACAGCUUUUACACAGACUUGCUCACCGUGUCUUCUAUUGUGGAGACCUAAAGUGUUCAAAGGUGAGAGUUACGCAGUUUUAUGGAGUGAAAACAGACCAAAUACAAUCGCUCACUGACUGCUGUGUUAGGUACACCUGUUCAGCUGCAUAGAUGCAGAUCGUGUGGCAGUCACGCAGUGCAGAUGUGAUUCUGAAUGUGGUUGUUGGUACCAGAAGGACUAGCGUGACUACUUCAGAGACUGUUGACUUCUGGAUCUCUAUAGUUUACACAGAGUAGUCUGAAACCAGGAGCAGCAGAUGUAGAAGAGCAUCUGUGAACAUGUAACCACUGCUGUCAGCUAAGAACAGGAAACGGAUCACACGGACCAUCAAAACUGAAGAUUCGAAACGCGUCUGGUCUGAUGCUCCUUGGCUUCUCCUGACAUUCGGAUGGCUCGGUCAGAAUUUGGCAUAAGCAUGAAAACAUGGCUGCCUGUGUCAGUGGGUCAGAUUGGUAGUGGUGUCAUUUUGGUCCCCUUGGUAUGAAAAUGAGCAUCAUUUAAACACAGCAGCCUACCUGAUAAUGACCACACUGAUAAAUGUUUCCAUUCAGCUUCUUGGAUAAAAUAAGAUUUAAUUACAUAUUGAAUUUAUUAAAAAUGUGUGCAGGGGUACUAGUAAGGUGUACCUAAUGAACUGUCCAGUUAACGAUCCUAAUGAGGCAAUCACAUCUUUGGCUCCGGCAUGUUUCUAUUAACUGAAAAAAAUGAAUAAAUACCCAGACACACAAAUAAUUCUUCGUUCUAAUGAAACAAUGAUACUGAAAAAAAAAGGUCAAAACAGAAUAAAAAGACUCCAAAGGAGGGGCAUUAUUCUUCAUUUCACUGGAAUAACUUUGUUUUUGUGUAUCAAUAAGACACUUUUUAUUUGGCUUUGUCCACUUUUAUUAUCUCUAAAAGAUUUAUGCUUUUAAAAUGUGGGAAUUGGUGCUUAGGGUACAGAAAAUCCAUAAAGCAUUCGUGAUGGCUUCACUGGUUGGGCUCAUUGAGGUUGCUGUUGCAUAUGUACUUCCUCCACUGCUCCGGUUCAGAACGUGCACUUUGUUCUCAUUUAUUUGCGUCACACGUAUAUGAAUAAUAUAUUUUGAGGGAUGAAAUUAGAAAUGAUGUAAUUUGUAUACAGCCACUCGUUUAUUGAAACACCUACUAUAAUGCAUAUUACUCUCCCUGUAUAAUCACGAGGACAGCAUUAGCACCUUUGGAACGUACAACAUGAAAGUAAUCUUUUAAAAUAAAGUGUUGUUAUAUA